ACUAUUUGAUUUAGAUCUCGUUCACACAUAGAAGGUGUAAAAGUAUAUCAUUAAUCAAAUAAAAUGUUUAAAUAAGUAAAUGUGUUCUGAGUUGUGUUCAUCAAACAAAUAUAACCAUUUGAUUAGAAGUAUGGGUUAAGGGAACACCAGUCCAGCAAGUGUAAAAAGUGAUUUAUUAAAAUGUAAAUAAUAUUGGUAUGAUUCACAUUAGUGUGAAUGCAUCAAUUCGAAACACCCAGUUAAAAACUUCUGCCUGCUGUAAAGAUCGAUGCAUCAAGCAGCACUUGGUAUUGGUUUAUCUAAUCAGUUAUAACUGAUUAAAACAAAAAUCAAUGCUUUAUCUAGGAGACUUAUGAAAUGUCGUUCGAGUUUUUCUUGCUCGGUACAUUGAUCGUUAUAUUUCUCAUUUCUUUUUGUGGAUUGCUCCAGAAAGUUCGACAAACGUAUGAAACUGAACGAAGAAUUAUCGAACGCGCCCAAAUUAACAAUCAAAAUGCUGCCACGUCGAUCGUCGAGCUCUACAAUCCGUCCUUCGAUUGCGAUAACGAGGGCAUUUUUCCCAAUGCCCCACCGCCGUAUUCACAACUCGACCUGCCACCAAACUACGAGGACAUAAUGAAAGAUGUGGUACUGACACCGGCAAACAUCAAUUCCAACCGGAACAAUGCCAAUAACCAAACGAACACCGAAUUGAAUUGCGCACAAAACGGCACAAACGUUCCACAAAUUCGAGUAUCCACAAUUUCAAAUUAGCACGCAUUUCCGCAGAAUUUAAUCAAUUACAACGACGCCGCUUUACAGCUAAUUAAUCAAAGUUUAUAUUUAAUCUUGAGUGAUCCGAACCAAAAUAGAUUGAUACAUUCUAAAAUUAAAUUGUGUAAAUUUUCACUUUUGUAACUGUAAACUAGUUAUCCGGCACUUUAUUAAAAAUGCCCGUAAUUUAUGAGAUCAGGUUUUGCCUCUAUUAAUUCGCCGGUGGUUUGAACUUACGUAAAUUAUUUACAUUGUAUUAAUAUAGAUCUUUUUGUUAUUAAAACUAGUCACGUAUGUUACUUAGUUUACUUGUUAAAGAUAUUAAUUAACAUUAUCCGUUGUUAGGUUACCAUCACACACAUUUUUCAGAUCUUCUAAGACAUUGGAGAUGAAUGUCUUAUAAACUAGUAACUGAAAAACUCGUUCGUUUGAAUUUAUAAAAUUUAUACUGUAAAUACUACAGUAAUGAUCGUUUGAAUUUAUAAAAUUUCUACUGUAAAUACGUCAAGAUAUAUUUUUAUUACAUCGUAAGUUUGGAUUAAUAAAUUAUCUGUUUAACUUCUUGUUUUUAAUCUUUUUAAUACACUGUACAAACAAAUCUUUGAGAAUCUUACGUACUAAUAUGGAUCUUUUUGUUACUGAAACUAGUCACAACUCUAGGGCUAUAAUUACUUCUAAAAAGAUAUUAUAAGGUUAAUUAAUAUAAUUAAUUGUAGGACAAUAUUUUAUCUGUUUUAUAAUAUGUAAAUAUAGUAAUAAGGCAAUAAAUAAAUAAAUAUUAAAAGUA